GCAUGAUACCGUUGAUCCGGGCUAUAUUGCAAUCCUAGCAUGAUCACAUGCUCUGUCGAAGAAAUUGUAGCUAGGUGUCGGGGCCAUAUGAGGCAGUCAUUCUACUAACCGAUUGCUCCUACGGUAUCUCUUUAUCCAAACACACAAGAGCUGCUGUCUUCUCCUACGCUAUACACAGACAACAGAACCAUAUUCUUCCAAUCGAAAUGUUGUUCCUCCAGACCGCUACCAUCAGUCUUCUUGGCCUUUUGGCCGUGACUGCGACAGCUCAGCCCAUCUUCUUACCCGACGGGCAAGAGAUCGACGUAGUCACCGUCUGGCAGGAGGUCAACCGCCAAGGAGACAGGAUGGGCCUCUGCGACUUGGACAUGUGCUCUUGGUUUCUUCCUGGAGAUACAUGGAACAAGGCUAUCUCCUCCAUGAUGGUCACCGAUGGGUAUUCCUGCACUGUGUGGGAGAGUUCAAAUUGUGCAGGCGCUCCGCUCCGGUCGGACAUGCGCGGGGCAUUUGAUGACCUGAGAGUCGAGGGAAUUAAUGACAUGGUGGGAAGUUUGAAAUGCAGAGAGCUAAUGGUGUGA